CGAAUUUCCUUUUCUCCGACGCACCACCCAAUAAAGCUAUCACUUCUACUUCCCUUCCCCGCCCCAAAGCUCCACUCUUUAAUGUCACGCAUCCUUCCCCACCCCCACUAACCCUCCCAUCCCCUCCCAUUCUUUCGCAGUAAACUACUAUGAAGUGCUUGCUAUGGUUACCCUUGUUUCCAUCUCUCAUCCUAAUGCCCCUCCUUUUCGCAUCACCCAAUUCAGAACCUGUCCAAUCUUUCCACCCAAACUCAUCCCCGCCGGCCACCACCAUCCCCGCAUUCCCUGAACAAUCAGACGCCACCGGAUGCCCUUUAGACCUCCCCAACGACCUCUUCACAAGCGUCAAAUCUGCCUGUACUGGGAAACAUGUCUCGGGUAAGCUUAGACGGUCAAGGUGCUGCCCAGUCCUCGCGGCGUGGCUCUACUCUGCCUACUCUGCAACCGCACUGAGCAAAGCUGUCAAAGAACCACUCCAAACGGCGUCGUACUAUGAUCUCCCUCUCCUUCCUAACGACUCGGAAACGUGCAUCGAUAACCUUGAAAAUGGACUGAAGAGCAAAGGGAUAGAAUUGAUGAGGUCGAACGAAUCGUGCGACGUUGUCUAUUGUGAAUGCGGCAUCAGAUUGCAUCCUUUGAGCUGUACGGAAGCGUUUUCGGUUAAUCCAAGGGGAGAGUUGGUUGGCAAUCACAACGUAAAGAUGUUAGAGAAGGAUUGCUUGAAUAAUCCGACCGUUAAUGGAUUCUCUGGUCUCGAUGGCUGCUCCAAAUGCUUGAAAACCCUUCACCUGCUUAACAAGAGUAAUCAUGUAAAUGGAAGCAAAUCAGAGCAGAGAACAAGUAAAAUACACAAUGAAGAUUGUGAGGUGAUGGGUUUAACAUGGCUUCUUGCUAAGAAUAGAUCAGCAUACAUACAUACGGUUUCCGGUGUCCUAAGAGCCAUGAUGAUGAUGACUCAAGAUGGGAAUUCCAAUUCCAAUUCAAUUCCUGACUCGUGCACCCUCAACAGCGAUGGAAUGCCGUUAGCCGUUGAUUCUUCCGAAAUCAACAACUCUUCAUCAUCCACUAUCCUCCCUCUUUUUUUACUUCACCUUCUUUGUAUGUUUCUUAGUCUCUCAAUCCACCAACUACUUGAUAGCAUCAUGUAGUCCCAUAAUGCUGUUAUGUGUAUCACCUUCCUCGCCAUUUACCUCUAAAAGUUGAUUGUAUAUGUUGUUUGGUACACACGGAAAUGUAAUUCUUUGUUGUAUUUUUUUA